AUGGAUGAUUCAAAUCAAGCAAAUGUUGAAAUUGAUCAACAAGAAGAAUUUCGUCAAAAACUAUUAUGGAAUGUGAAACGCGAAGUAAAACAAAUGAUGGAAGAAGCUGUCAUGAAAAAGUGUAUUUAUGAAGAAAAUUGUAGUGUAACAACACUUUGUGCUGCUGUUGAAGCAUGUCUUCUACAUGGUCUCAAACGGCGAGCUGUAGGUCUAUUUAAAACAACUACAACAAUGGCACUUUUACAAAAACUUGCUAAAACUUGUCCAGCAGCUGACGAAGUUGUCAAAAUAAUUAAUGAUGAUAAUCUGCAAUAUGAAGAGCCAAGUAGUUUAGUUGUUUUGUCUAGAAAAUUAUCAAGUAUAACACAACAUCAAAUAUCAUCCAAUGUGGAUAAUACUCGACGUCGAACAACUCGUUCAGCAAUAUUUACUCGAUAUUUAUGGAUACGUGCAGCACUUAUACAUCGAACACUACAUAAAAUUGUUGAAUAUAUUGUGGGCAAUAGUUCAAAAUAUUAUGAACCGCAUGCAUUAGUUUGUAAUUCAGUACAAGGACCUAUUUUAGCUUCACUUCUUGUUGGCGUGUGUGCCCUUGAAUUUACACGAGUGAAAACAUCUGAUCAUUUAUGGACAGAUCCACAUGCUGAUGAACUUGUUCAACGUCAUCGUAUGCACAGUAAUAAUCGGACAAUGACGAAUCCAGCGACACUGAUGAUGAAUAUGAAUCACACCUAUUUUUCAAAACAUCGACCAAGUCUACAAGUAAAUUUAAAACGGCAUGCAAGUAUAUCAAGCGAUGAUGCUCAACGUCAUAAUCAAUUAAUACCAACAAAUUCUGCUCGAGACUAUGUGGAAUCACUCCAUCAAAAUGCGAAAUCACAAUUAAUUUAUGGAAAAAAUAAUGUUUUCGUGCAGCCGGUUCCUAGUCAGGAACCCAUACCUGGUUAUUUAUCGUUACAUCUUACUCAUCAUGGUUUGAUAUUAAAAUGGACACCAAACCAACUCAUGAAUGGUUAUAAUGAAAAUACAAAAUCAAAUUCAGAAGGAAUAAAUGAAUGUGAAACAAAUAGUGCAAUAGAAUCUUCGAAAAAACAUAGUGUUUAUUGGGAUUAUGCAGUAUCACUACAUAUGUCUUCAAUUGUUUAUCUCCAUUGUCAUCUUUACGUUGAUGGUGAUCGUAUUGUAUUUGUUGGUCGUGAUGGUGUUCAAUAUCCUCCAUUUCAUAUAAAAGACAGAGGUGGACAUUUAUUAGCAUUUCUUACUUGUCUAGAAAGUGGUCUUGCGUCUGAUGGUCAACUUGAUCCUCCAUUAGCAUAUGAAAAAGGGCAAGGAAAAGUUCUACCGAAAUUACAUCAUCAUACAGAACGUCCACAACCUACAAUAUCCUUGAGUUCCAAUGAUGAUGAUACUGUUGAACUAAUGCAUACAGAUACAACCGAUGAAGACACAUCAUCACCAACUGGCGAUUACGUUUUCCGAAUUAUUUUCUUUACCAAUCAAGAAACAGUAAACAACAAUGAAAAUAGUCGACAGCAAUGGUCACCAGGAGCUAGUGAUUCUUCAUCGCAGUCUUCGCAAUCAUCACUAUCGCCAUCAGCAAAAUUAACAAGCGUCAGUGCUCCAUUACCAGCUUCGCCUAUAGAUGCAACAUUUGCUACAUCGCCUGUUUAUGUUUCACCAACAACUGGUUUUCACAGGAGUAUUUCAGUCAGGUCAUCAAUGGCUUCGUUAUGUAAUACGAUGCGUCGGCAAAUAUUAUCGCGUGCAUUUUAUGGUUGGUUUGCAUAUUGCCGUCACUUGAAAACUGUUCGAAUACAUUUAACAUCACUUGUCAAUCCAGUAUUAAAAAUAGAAAAUAAUGAAGAAUUAGCGUCAAAUUUUUCUCUAACAUCCUUUGAUUGGACUGAAUUAUUUCUUAAUAAACAACAAGAAAAUUUACCAAUUGAUAAAAAGGAAAUCUAUCGUAGAAUUUAUUCGGGAGGCUGUGAACCAUCAAUACGAAAACAAGUUUGGCCAUAUCUUUUUUCACAUUAUCCAUUUGAAUCAACGAUUGAAGAUCGAAAUAAAAUUGAUCACACUACGAUUGAACGAUAUCAUCAAUUAACAAAUGAAUGGCACAGUGCAGAAGAGAUUGUUAUGCAAAUUGAACUUCAAAAUUCAAACAAUCGUAAAAAUACUCUAGCAAAACUAUUGAACUUUACUUCUGAAACGACUCAUAAUGUAACUGAAAGCACGUUAACAUCAAUAAAACAUGUUCUUGCCAGUAUACCAGAAAAAAUGUCAUUUGCACAUCAGAAUGCUCUUGAAAGAAAAGAUUCCAAUCUAUCGAAUGAUGUUUUCUUUGAAGAUUGUGCUGUACACACUGUUGCUAUACCGAUUAUAGAAGAGACCAGCCCAGAUAGAACAUCAACUGAUGACAAUCGUUUACUAUCAAGUUCAUCGAAUAAAUCUGUAAUGAUUGCUCGUACACGUACGGAAUCUGUUAUUGAUCGUUCAUCACCUUAUAAUAUUAUUGACACAAGUACAGAUGCGGAUGAGGAUGAAGGAGAUGAUACUCACAUGAAACCCAUUGAUCAUGAUGAAAUAUUGAUAAACGAACAAGAUAAUGAAGUUGAUCAAAAACUUCUCGAUAAUCAUUUAUCGCCAUCAUCUAGCUUAACGUCUGGCACUGAUGUUUAUAUGGAUGCUGUAGAAAUUUUAAGUGACGAACAGCCGAAUAAUGGAUCAGAUGGUUCAUUGACACCAAUUUGCUAUGGAUCAUUUACAAAGGAAACUAUUGAUGCUUUCUCAGUGAAUUUACAUCGAAUUGAUAAAGAUGUUGCAAGAUGUGAUCGAACUUAUACAUAUUUUACAAAUAUGAAUAAUUUAAAAAAAUUAAGAAAUAUUAUGUGCACAUAUGUAUGGGAUAAUUUAACAACCGGUUAUAUUCAAGGAAUGUGUGAUCUUGUAGCACCGUUACUUGUCGUUUUUGAUGAAGAAGUGAUAGCAUACAGUUGUUUUUGCUAUUUAAUGAAACGUCUUUUACCAAACUUUCCUCAUGGAGCUGGUAUGGAUGAACAUUUUGGCCAUAUGCGUUCAUUAUUACAAAUUUUGGAUUUUGAACUUUAUGAGCACAUUCAUCGUACAGGAGAUUUUACUCACUUCUACUUUUGUUAUCGAUGGUUUUUAUUAGAUUUUAAACGAGAAUUUAUUUAUGAGGAUAUUUUUUUGGUAUGGGAAACAAUAGCUGCUGCUCGACGAACAGUAUCGAAAAGAUUUGUUUUAUUUAUUGCAUUAGCGAUGUUAAAAGCUUAUCGAGAAAUAAUACUAGAUAAUCGAAUGGAUUUUACAGAUAUUAUUAGAUUUUUUAAUGAAAUGGCUGAACGCCAUGACACUCGAGAGAUCUUACGGGCGGCAAGAGAAUUAGUACUUGAAUUACAACAAUUAGUUGAUAAUAAAUAA